UAAUGCCGGUGACGCAGCGGGGAGUGUAGGUUCUAGGCCAAUCAGAUUGCAGAUCCGAAGUCCAUGGGCGUUGCUUUCUGGCUGAAUUAGCUUGCUUCAGCCACAGCAUGCCUCAGUGUGAAACGAUCUGUCCCUGACAGCGGUAGUCUCCCGUGUCACCUUUUAACUUUUUUCUCUUUUUUACUAUAUUCCACCAACUUUGGCGAAAUUCUGAAAUGCACGAAGCGUUGUUUUGAACCCCGAGUUCCUCGUGUGGAAUUAGCUUUCCGCUCUGUGCCUUUUGCUUCAGGACGAGUGAACUUCUAGGACAGCAAGGUGGACUGACUUCUUGAAUUGCCUUGAACAGUUUAGUGGGCAACUUCCAUUCGGAGGGGUGUUGUGUCCAUUUCACGGGGGGAAGAGUCGCAUGCUUCCCUCCAUCCUCGUCGUCGGGUCUCUAUGGAGAGUUUGCCCCGGCGGAGGCGCGCACUCUGCUCCCUCUCAUCGCCGAGGCCGCCCCGCCGCCACCACUCGUGAAUUCUUCAACCUGGAUACGACGAGGCGACACACUUAACCUCAUUUGAAUGCCUUUGCAAGGUGUCUGCUGGUUGCUGUGCUGCCGCCAGGGCUUCAGUUUGCUGGGUAGGGACUAUGGGGAGAAAGAGGAGGAAGAGUCUUUUGAGUUGCGCAACAAGGACGACCUGACUCCCAAUGGACAGAGUCCAUCAGAGGUGAUUCACGUUUCUCAGCCGACACGUACAGCAAAUGGGACAAAUGGAGUGGCCGUGUCAGAUGCGGCUGACGAGAUGAAGAGCCUUAUCCUGGAGAAGAACAAGAUGGCCCUGGAGGAAGAACCUGAAAUUCUGGUCAAAGGUUGGCUGCUGCGCGAGGUGCGAAGCAACUGGAUAAAGCAAAGGCGCUUCUGGUUCGUGCUAAACCAGGACUCGCUGGACUACUACAGUGGUCCGGAAAAGGGAGCCCGCAGACUGGGAACGUUGGUGCUCACCAGCCUCUGCUCAGUCAUCUGGCCAGACAAGCAGACAUUCAAGGAGACGGGCUACUGGAGCAUUACGGUGUACGGGCGCAAGCACUGCUACAGGCUGUACACCAAGCACUUCAACGAGGCCGUGCACUGGGCCUGCGCCAUCCAGAAAAUUAUCGACACCAAAGCGCCCGUGGAGACUCCCACCCAACUCCUGAUCCAGGAUAUAGAGGAGAACAAGUUCAACCCUGAGGUGGUGGAGCACAUCUACCAGCACAAUCCCAUCCUGAAGUACACCCAUGGGCCCCUCUAUGCCCCGCUGCUGCCCUUCCCCUACGGCAGCCUGGAGCACACAUACCACCACGGCAAGGGCUACGGCUCGUUGUGCGAGGAGGCCGUCAAGCUCUUCAACGGCCUGCAGCAGCUGGAGUCGGCGCACGAUGCCGUGCCCAUCAUCCAGGGCGUGCUGCAGACCUGCCUGGACCUGCGGCCGCUGCGCGACGAGGUCUACUGCCAGCUGGUGAAGCAGACCAGCCACACGCCUGCCCCUUACACCGCCGCCCACCUGCGCUACUGGCAGCUGCUCACCUGCAUGAGCUGCACCUUCCUGCCCGGAGCCGCCGUCCUCAAGUACCUGCGAUUCCACCUCAAGAGGAUCCAGAACCAGAAUCCCGAAUCGGAGAUGGACAACUACGCGUCCUUCAUCAGCGAGGCUCUGGAGAAAACCAAGUGUCGCGAAUGCGUGCCCUCCUGGGAGGAGAUCCAAAUGCUGAUGAGCAGGCAGGAGAUGCUGUGCACGGUGCACUACCCCGGACCCGGCUGCUGCCAGCUCUACAUCAGCUCUCAUACCACCGCCAAUGAGGUGGUGCUGAGGAUGCAGCAGCGGCUCGGCCUGAAAGACAGCAAGAACACGUUUGCUUUGUACGAGCAGAACGCGCUGUGGGAGCAGCCCGUGUCGAGCGGCGCGCUCAUCGCAGACAUCCUCACCAGCAUCUCCGGCAAAGAAUGCGAGUCCAAAGGCCAGCGCAAACUGUGCUUCAAGCUCUACUGCCUGCUGGACGCCGACAGCAUUUCGGUGGACAGCAUCGAGUAUCUCUUCCUCUUUGAGCAGUGCCACGAGAUGGUGAUCCGCGGCCAGCUGCCCGCCUGCGAGGAGGACCUCCAGACGUUGGCGGCUCUCCGGCUUCAGGCAAUCAUGGGGGACUUCAGCACGCACGCGCCCUGCCCACCCCUGGACCAACUCUUCCCCAGCCACAUGCUGGAAGCCCGCGUCCUCGUGGCCCAGGCGCUGCCGCCCUGCCAGGUGGCGGCGCCGACGGGCUGCCCCGCCGCCCAGCGCUUUCCCACGGGCCUGCUGGCGGGGGCGCUGUGGAGCCACGCGGCGGCGGGGCACAAGCAGAAGGUCGAGAAGGACCUGCGCCUCCGCAGCCGCGUGAAGGAGGAGGCGGCGGCCGUCAUGGGAGCCAUUUUGGAGCGCUGGAGGGACUUGGCGGGCUCCAACUGCAGAGACAGUAUGGCCGCCUACCUGGCCAUAGCACGUCAAUGGUCCGGCUUUGGAUGCACACUGUGGAGCCACGCGGCGGCGGUGCACAAGCAGAAGGUCGAGAAGGACCUGCGCCUCCGCAGCCGCGUGAAGGAGGAGGCGGCGGCCGUCAUGGGAGCCAUUUUGGAGCGCUGGAGGGACUUGGCGGGCUCCAACUGCAGAGACAGUAUGGCCGCCUACCUGGCCAUAGCACGUCAAUGGUCCGGCUUUGGAUGCACACUCUAUGAAGUCGACUUCUACAUUAGUUCAACGGGGAGCUUUUCCCAGAAAUUGUGGUUGGGGGUGGCGGCCGGCAGCGUGUCUCUGUAUCGCCAAGGAGAGGCCGAGGCCCUCGAGUCGUUUCCCUACGGACAGAUCUGCUCGUACGGCGUCUCCGACAGCAACACGUUCAAGAUCAGCGCCGGUGGCCGAGACAUGCUCUUCGAAACCAACAAGCUGAGCGAGAUCACGCAGCUGAUGAACGCGUACUUCAACGCCACCCGUCUGCAGCGAGGCAAAGGCGACGGCGUCAAAAUCCACGACGGCACACUGGUGGGCUUCCGCCACCCGUCCGCGCCCGCCCUCCUGCCCUCGCACCCCGUCUGAGAUGGACGCCGCCCAAUGUGUCGGCGCCGGGGGACGAAGGCGAAGCUGUUCUCUGACGCAAAGCCCUCAAGAGCUGGACCACGAACAACUUCUCAGACAUCUGCUUUCUGUCUUGGGCCCGUUUGGGUUAACUUUCCUCGAAGGCGGCCGUCAUCCCUCUCGUGCGCUCCCCCCUCCUUCCCGCGCCCUUCGUCGAGGAGUUUUCAUAAGGUCCCGGAUCAGGCCUGCGUUACCGCAGAAGUGUUGAUGCAGCCAACCAUGUGAACUUGGAACUGGAAACAGAUGCUGCGCCUUUGCGCGCUCAAGUCACCGUGGCUGUUGUCCUCUUGUCCAGGACCCUGACGGAAGGAUCACUGUUGCUGUCCCGUUGUGGUCGUCGUCGUCGUCUUCUUCUAUGGUUUCCUGCCCACUCGUCCCUCAUGCGUACUUUGGCAUUGACUGAUGACGUUACAGCACAGCGCAGCUUUGCUAACAAUUGUAAAACAGAGGUACCUUGACUUAAGAGCCCACCAAUUUGACUUUUUCGUUUUACUGGCUGUCAUUCAUUCAAUUAUUAGAUGUUUUUUGUUUGUUCUUU